GCUACCUCUAGCCUCCGCCAACCACACACCCACGCUCCUUAGCACGCACAGUUUCCUUUUCUACGACAUACCACAGCCAUAACGGGGCGAACCACCGGCUUCUCGGACAUCUGACUGACUGACACCCACUUCUUUUCCCCAAUCUCGGCGACGCAAUUGCCGUCCUCUUUCCCUUUCUCUGUUCCUCCCGCCGGCCGCUGCCAUGUCACAAUAUUACGGCGCACCGCCGAACCCGGGCUACACGCCCACCAGCGCCCAGAACCUUCAGUUUUACUCGUCCAACUACGCACAACCAGUCUCGGGCCAUGCGACGCCAUCACAAGCUUCCUACGGCUACGGCGGUCCGACCGCAGGGGGCUACGGCGACUCGAGCAGCUUCAGCUCCGGAUUUGGCCCCGGACCAGACGUGUCGGGGCGCAUGGGUGAGCAGGGCGGUCUACGAACGGGCUGGCUGGCCGCCUUCUCAACCGAGGGCUACCCGGGCGAGCCACCAUUGCUAGAAGAGCUGGGCGUGAAUGUCGGGCACAUCAGAGCAAAGACCCUCGCCGUGCUCAACCCCUUCAGCCGCGUCGACCAGCACCUCAUGGACGACAGCGACCUCGCCGGCCCGCUCCUCUUCUUCCUCCUCUAUGGCACCUUCCUCCUCCUGUCCGGGCGCGUGCACUUUGGCUACAUCUACGGCCUCGCCGUCUUCGGCUCCAUCCUUCUACACACGAUCCUCUCGCUGAUGGCCCCGUCGCCGACCGACCCGCCGGGCGGAAGCAACGGCGCUGGCCCUUCCUACCCGGGCGUCGUCUCGCCCGCCUACCCUGCCGACGCGACCGCCAUGGGCGGCGGCAGCAGCGCGAGAAACGGCGGGCAGGCGGGCGACGCGUCGUCGUCGUCGAGCAGCAGCGGCCUGACCUUCGCUCGGUCGGCCUCGGUGCUCGGCUACUGCCUCCUGCCGCUGGUGGCGACCAGCCUGGCAGGCAUCUUCGUGCCGAUGGACACGCCGCUGGGCAUCGUGCUGACGACGGCGGCCAUCAUGUGGUGCACGUGGAGCGCGAGCGGCAUCUUCUGCGCCGUCGGCGGCAUGAGGGGUAUGCGCGGCCUCGUCGCCUACCCGCUCAUGCUGUUUUAUGUCGGCUUCGGCAUCAUGGGCGUCUUCAGCAGCCGCGGCAGCGGCUCGUUCGCCAAGGUCGCCGUGCCGCCCGGGCCGUGAUCUGGCUUGGCUGGCUUGGCUGGCUGGCUGGGGCUGCGGGCAGGCGCCCAUGCUACAUGUAUGUCGUGCUCAGGAGUGACUGGAGUUGGGUAGGGUGAAUGGGUUGUGGAAUUGGUAUACCGUGUAUCAUGCGCGCAUCCAGACAUUGCGGGACGAAGAGAGAAAACUUUGAUGAUCAUACAGCGCUUUCUCUCCUUCAUGUCUUUUUCUCAGAGGCGAGAUGUUGACAUUUUUGUAUAACUAUGGUUGUGCC